AUAUCGCCGAGAAUCUCCAGGAGGAGCUUGUUGUGUGGCACGACGCCGGGGGUAUGCUCCUCAGUCUUGGCGCAGACGCUCACCGCGGCAGCGUGUGCGCAUUGGCGUACUCCCCAAACGGCCUCUACGUCGCCAGCGGCUAUGAAGAUUCCACCAUCAUCUUGUGGGAUCCCGCCACCGGAGGUCGCAUCACGGAGCUAAGGGGGCACACAGACACCAUCUGCGCACUCGCAUUCUCACCAGACAGCUCUCUCCUUGCCUCUGGUUCCCGCGAUUGCUCGAUCAUCUUGUGGAACGUGGUUGCUGGCGAGAAGACGAUCGCGCUCAAUGGUCAUGACGGCUUCAUCGACACACUCGCGUUCUCUCCGGAUGGCAAGAAACUCGCAUCCGGGUCAGUCGACUUCACAGUGCGGAUAUGGGACGUAGAGAGAGGCGAACAGCAAUCACUGUGCAAGGCCCAUAAUGCCCUCGUCAUGGUUGUCACGUUCUCUCCCGACGGCACACAGCUCGCGUCCGGGAGUGCCGACUGCGACACGCGUGUGUGGGAUGCUGAGACUGGCAUGGAAAUAUCUGUUCUCAAGGGCCAUCAGGGGGUGGUCCACUCUGUCCAGUUCUCGCCCGACGGAUGCCGGCUGGCCACUGCGUCAGACGAUGGCACCAGCGUGGUCUGGCACGCCAAGUCUGGCGAGAAGCUUAUCAUCUUCCGCGAGCACUUUGCGACUCGAGAAGAGGACAUGGUGAACGCGGCAGUGUUCUCGGAUGACGGCGAGUUUGUGGCGGCGGGUGCAGAGGACCAUUCUGUGUGCGUGUGGAAUACGCGGACAGGCGAGCAGAUUUCGGUGCUGGAAGGGCACACGGACAAUCUUGUGCAUCUGCGGUUCUCGCGAGACAACCGCCGUCUGGUCUCUGCGUCAGACGACAGCACGGUGCGUAUCUGGUGUACCCCAGUGGCGCUGGCAGCCACAGCAUGA